AUGCUCGGGUCGAGCAAGCAGACUUCCCCAGGAUCUUCCAGAGGCAGCCUAUGGCUUAGCGACAGAGCAAGAUGUGGUCUUGGUAGCAUCGAUUCAGCAAAGAACAAGAAGAGAGCUGCUUCAAUCACCAGCGGAACUCCAGCCCAGACCCCAAACAAGACAAAGAAACCAAGAAGAGUGUAUUCCAGCGCAGGAAAACGGGCAAAACUCGAUUGUGAUCGCCAAAGGCAACAAACGAGGAUAAAUAUCGUUCCGGCAUUUGAGAAGUGGAAAAUGCUGAGAGUCUCUCGUUAUGAGAAGCACGCUUUAUCAAAGGGACCACUAACAUCGACACCAUAUGGGCCAUCUACAGCAGUGUUUGCAGGGCCCCGUCGCCCCAGUUCAGUAACUGCAGGGGAAUCUGAUCGGGAUGACUUCCAGAUCGCAGGAGUUGAACCUCUAAAAGCAGAUCAAGGGGUAGAAUUGUUGGAGGAAAGCAUCAAAUCGAUGGAGCUGAAAGAGGACUAUUUAGACGAGGAAAGAGCCAAUAGUUUGGAAAACAGUUUGACCACUGCUGAGCUGGAGUCGUUCCAAAAUCGCAUCUUGAUGUAUGCGGGGAAAUGCUUUGCAUUCUCAUAUGGUGUCAAUGAAGCUAGCAAACUCCUCGCUACAUUAGACUACAACCACCAUAGCCAUCGCCCAGUGCUUGUGAACAGCAAAGGCCAAGUAUCACACAAACGAGUCUACAGCAAAAAGUCGCAGCGUUACAGUGUUCACACUGUAAAGGAGACCAAAGACUACGGCUACAUCCCAGAGCUGCAGACAAGAAUACUGGAGAAGCGCCUCAGCUCUGCUGGGGGACUCCCAAAAAGAAGAAGCAUUCAGCCAGAUGACCCCAGGGCCCUGGGUCCUCUCUCUACGAUCACCCCUCCUCCUACAGCUGAACUGGUGCAGACACAGCAACGCUGAGGACAGGUAGUGAUUAUAACCAAAUGCCCUCUCCAUUGUUGUGGAUGAAAAUUAUAUAAAUGUAACUUAUUAUGUGAUACCUGAACAGAGGCUGAUGGCAAUCAAAGAUGGACACUGCAGAUAUAUUUAUGUAAAUAUGUUUUAAUAAAAAUAUGCAAAAAAAGUUUGCAACAACAAUAAAAGUAAGUCAAACUUCGUAGUUGGUCAUGAGUUGCAUGUUAGUUUCAACGGAAGGGGGCUUCUUUAUAACCAACACAAAUACCAAAAUGGUCAGGGUUUUUGUCUCUGAUCCUUCAAACACAGCAGGAAAGAAUCACCCUACGAUUGCUUGCACCAAGACGUCCAUAUUGCCAAAUAGUGUACUGUCUAUAGGCACAGUAAUGGUACUCCCAAUUAUCUGAUCCAGGGUCUUGGCUAUCACGCAGAGCCAAAAUGUCAUUCCACGUCUGCCGAGCCAAACGCAGGAUGCCUUCAUCCAUGCAGUACAGGUUAAAAUGAGCACGCCUGCUCAAACGCCCUUCUGUAUCCUGUCUACAACACUUGUUUUCCAGGUCUUUAGGCAUCAUUCGGCUGUAGGAGCAGGUGCACCAAGCUGGCUAACCCUGGUUUGAUGGAGGGAGUCCUGGUGUGCCCAACUAUAGUCCAUAAUGCCCAGUAACACUCCUGGCAGACGUCUAACAACCAUCUGAAGGACUUCAUCUUUUUCCUCCGUAGUUAGGUGUUGCAACUGUGCCUGAAAACGAAAGGCAGAAUUUAUUUUAUAAACUUUAUGAUUGUGAAAUGUGUUAGUGUUCUGCAUUAUGACCUACCUGUAACUCUGCAGUUCUGUCGGCAGACAUCUGAGCAACCCGUUCUCUGUCUUCCUCACUAAUGUGUCCUGCUCUAGCUCUUCUUCCUCUAGCCUGGCUUCUCCCCCGGCCUGUACUUUCAUAUCUGUUUCUCCUUCUGGCUGCUCCUCUCCUUGUUCCUCUCCCUGCUCCUCUCCCUGCUCCUCUUCCUGCUCCUCUGCCUGCUCCUCUGCCUGCUCUCCCUCUGCCACCUCCAGAAUCACUACUCUCUUCAGAAACUUCUGAGUAAUGAGAUGCACUGGAUUCCUUGAAGGAAAAGUAAUAAGGUUUACACGUUAAUGUGAUGGAAUGCAUGUUUUACAAAAGCUUUACUGUAAUAAUCCAUAAAACAUUUUGGUAAUGGUGUAUUUAUAUUUAAUGACAAUAAUGUUGCUAAGACUAUCUUUACCUGGAUGCAAAAGAAGAGCAGAGGUGGGUAGAGUACACAAAAGGUGUACUCAAGUUAUAGUAGCAGUACCUCUAUGUAUUUUUACUCUAGUAAAAGUAAAAAAGUAGCAGUCCAUCACAUCAUGAUUUUUUUUCUAGUAAAUGGCCUGUACUUGUCAAGUAGCAACCAGUAAAGUGCUUAUUAGCUACCAGUUGAAUUAUUUUAUUAUUACAAUAGGGUCAACGUUAGUAUUUUUUCCUCCAUCAAACAUAAUUUAUUCAUAUAUCGGUAUUAUUUGGCUUCCUCACUCUGCUCACUUUGCUAUGCAUGCACCUAUCACAACCUGGAAAAUAUGCAGUCCAAAUUGAUUUGGUCUAAAUAUAUUAUAUUACAUUUAUUACCUCUGUCGAAGUCAUGCCGGCAAACCUGUAAACUACACCGUUACGGGACUGACUCAGCUGUUGUAUUUGUUCAGGAGUGUGCACAUACAGCACGCGUGUCUCGUGCACGAGCCUACUAUUGAAGCUGCAGUUACGCUUUUGGCCUGAGUGGGCAAUCGCGAGCAUAAAAAUUCAAAAGUCCGAAAAGUCCCUUUAAGUUGUUGUUACUUUGUAUGUUCAGUAUCAUCUGGAUCGUUAAAAUUGCUAUUUAAAUAAAACUGGUGUUGCUGAUAACAUCAGCACAGUUAGCAUGUCAGUUCAAAAAAGUUGGUCAUUUUACUCUUAAACCUUAAAAUUUAGACAUCCAGUUUAGACUUUGCUUUCAGUCCACUCAGAUUUAAUCAUUAAAAUGUUUGUUUUUUCUUGACUAAAGUUCAUUUUCCAUUUGAGGACACCCAGAAGCGUCUGGGGCCUGAUGCUUGUUUACCUCUGGUUCUCUGCUGCUUUCUGCCUGUGCAAACAUCUGAAAGCUAUUGAACCUGCUGUCCUCACAAGCCCAAACUGGGAGUUAUCACUGCAGGUCAAGAGCAUUACAGCUGAAUAUUUUCCUCACAGAAAGCUUGAAAUUUGUGAGCAAAUGGUUUUAUUGUCAUAUUCUAUAAUGUGAAUGAAGCAUUAUCCUCAGAGCAAAGAAAACUGAUUUCUUCUUGGAGCCAAUGGAUUUAGCUGAACUUGACAAACAGGCUGUUGCUUGUGUGUUACUGCCAGAACGUUCAUCUUAAAAGGACUCUUCUUUAAGUUGUGGGAAGAUAUCUUUCAGUCUGUUUCUAUUCAUCUCUGAAUGUGAUGUCAAGAGUCAAGGUUUGUUUGGAUGACAGGGAAACAUCCACUUUGUUUCACAUCUUUCACUAAGUAUUAUGCAGACCCAGACUACUUGUCGUGAAAAAACGUUGUAAGUUGGUUUUACACCAACAAAUAUUUGGUUAAGUAAGUUUAUUGUUUUGUUCAGAUCUGACACAAGGGAGAACUUUAAAGGACACGUAUCACAUCUAAGCCAGAGGGUUGUUUGACACACAACAACGUUGCACACGACACAACAAUCUAAAAUGCACAUACAUCCUUGUUCUGGUCUUCUCAAAGUUCCUGGACUUGGGGAAAGGCAAGAAACCCUCUUUGUUUCACAGCUUGCUGUACAUUUGCAUUUGCUCCCCAGCUGAUAACACCCACCAGUCCCAACAUGAAGCUCCAACACUGAGUCACUCAUCAAUUAUACACGAAUCACUUUUGUGCUGGCUGGAUUGAACAUCUUCUUUCUUGGCUGUUUAAUUCAUUAAAACCAAUGUGCAGAGCAGCUUGACAGUUGGAGCUAUGCAAUUUCAGUUUGUUUAUUCAAAACUGGAAUGGUGCCUAAUAAAUUUGGUUUUGUCUCUCAUUGGCUCUGUUUAUAAUGACCUAAUUUUACAGGAUGUGACAGAGCAAAGCCUAAACAAAUUAACAAAGACACACAGAAGAAUAUCUUGAUGCUUUCAGUGAGAAACAACCAGCCUUUUAAGAUGCGUUUGAAGUUUGUGUUACAUGCUACUCACAUUCCUGAGUGAUGAAGUAAUCUUGGGAUGCUGUCAGUCAGUGUUAGCCUUUUACCAAAAAUCCUCUGCAACACCAGUAAGAGGGAGGCUGGUCAUGCAUGGCUGUGACGUUAAUCUGGUUUGAUGUCUCUUUGGAGAUGUUGUUACACAUAGUGUGUUUGUGCGCUAUUUUGGAGAAUUUAUUUUCCUCUCAUGUUUGUUUUCUCCCCAAAACGUCCAGAACACUUUGUGCUCGUUGGUCCAUGAAGCAUCAGGCAGAAGUGAUGAUUGUGUCUUUUUUUAGUGUUUGAUUUAAAGGAUGGUUGAACGGGCUGCGCAGUGGUUAGAGCUGUUGCCUUGCAGCAAGAAGGUCCUGGGUUCGCUUCCCAGCCUGGAAUCUUUCUACAUGGAGUUUGCAUGUUCUCCCUGUGCAUGCGUGGGUUCUCUCCGGGUACUCCGGCUUCCUCCCACAGUCCAAAAACAUGACUGUUAGGUUAAUUGGUCUGUCUAAAUUGUCCUUAGGUGUGAGUGUGUGUGUGCGUGAUUGUUUGUCCUGUGUGUCUCUGUGUUGCCCUACGAUGGACUGGCUCUCUGUCCAGGGUGUACCCCACCUGAUUGCCCAUUGACCGCUGGAGAUAGGCACCAGCCCCCCCGCGCGGCCCUACGUAGACAAAGCGGGUUCAGACAAUGGAUGGUUGAACCUCACAUCAGUGUGCAAAAAGCAUCCUGCUUCACUCAAAUUUAAUCAGUCUUAGUUAUUAUGGAUGUGUGUGUAUGCAUGUAAGGUCACUGUGUGGGUUAUCUUUGACCUUUUAUCCUCUUC